UUGCAAACUGAAGUCACGUGGCAUAGGAAACGAAAACGAAUUUAGACGGCGUUCGCCUAAAAAUUGAGCAAGCAUGGCAUUGGAUAAUUAUGCUGUGAAAGUGUACAUAUACGAUCUUUCACAUGGAUUAGCAAGAACUAUGUCCCAAGCAUUAUUAGGAAAGCAGCUUGAAGGGAUAUUUCAUACAAGCAUUGUAGUUUAUGGCAAGGAGUAUUUCUAUGGAUCUGGCUCUGAAGGAAGGGGAGGUAUAGAAUGGUGUUCUCCAGGUAGAUCAGGGUUUGGUCAGCCAACCACAAUUCAUGACCUAGGACAGACCCAGGUUCCCUAUGAAAUGUUUAUGGACUAUCUACAUGAUUUAUCCCAGACAACUUUCAGAGGAGAGUGUUACCACGUACUUGAUCAUUGCUGCAACACAUUCAGUUCUGAGGUAGCUCAGUUUCUCACUGGUAAUGACAUACCAGCAAUGAUCCUUGGAUUUACUGCAGAGGUCAUGAGUACUCCAUUUGGUCAAAUGAUGAGACCAUUUAUUGAUGCUUUGACAGUUCAGCUAACUGGAGGUCAUGCUGUGUUUUCUGAUACACCAUCCUCACAGUCAAACACAAACGCUCCGCCCACAACGAGUCAGCCAAGCAGAACAGCUCCACCUCCAUCUAGCCAACCCAGCCAAUCACAGAAUCCUAACAGUUCACAGACCACAGAGAAAGAAGCACAACAUGACAAGGAGAAGAGUAAACCAUUUGUAUAUGCAACGGAAAUCAGAAGAUUUGAGUUAGGUCUUUCAUCUGCUCUUCAACGUCAUAUUAAAGAUUUUUUGGAGUUUCUGUCACAAGCAGACAACAGUUGGAGUCUUGGUCGGGAUCAGAUGAUGAUGCUGUGUGGACUAGUUCUAGAUCAUGAUAAAGGAGUUGAGAUAUAUGCUCUUCAGUUGCUUUGUAGACUUAUUUUGAAAAAAGAAAAUGUUCAGGUGAUCUCACAUGAUCCAAAAUCAAAUUUUCCAGUAAUUCUUGAUCACUUUGAAAACUUCACAGAACAAUUAAAGAUUAGUGUAAUAAGAAUGUUAACAAAUUGUUGCAGCCUGGCAUCAGGACAUAGGUUAUUACAGGAUAAAUAUCGACGGAGGACCAACAAUAUUUGUGUAUCUGGUUUGCUGUCAGAUAAUGAGGAGAUGACACAAUCAGCAAUAGCCCUCAGUUAUAACCUCAGUUGUAGAAAGUUAUCAGAAGAUUCAGAAAUAGAACUAGGGAGUGCCCUGUUAAAUUGCAUGGAGAAAGAUCUGGAUGAGCAAACAGCGUUCCAUCUGUUAACAGCAGUGCUACACAUGAUGGAGUCUAAUAGACAGGUGAAAGGUCUAGCAGGAGUUCUUGGUGUCAGCGUUGCCAGUUACAGAACAAAAUCUGACAGAAUAACUAAAUUGUGUGAUAGUAUCUCUGUUCUAUUAUAAACUUUUCAGUACAAUCCUUGUUGAGAUUGACAAAAGCACCAUUUUCAUAGAAUAUAUGUGUAUCAAAACAUGCUUGUUAGUAUUGCAUUGAAGUGACCAUAUAUAUGAGCAGUUGCAAAUGUUAAGAUACUUUUAAUUAAAUGAUAACAAACUUUUAACAGUUAUUUGACAAAGAUUAUUGAAAAGGAAAUUUAAAAAGUCUAUACCCUUGUGAAAAUCACUAAUAUUUCAAGAAGGUUUUUUUUAUUUCAUAAUGUUUUCUUAUGAAUAUGGGUAUUUUUUUCUUAUCUGUAUCUUCAUUUUUGAAUGAUAUCUGCCUUAUAUUGGACAAGAAAGUGUGAGCAUACAUGUAUUAUUAUUAUUAGAUUAGAGGUCAAAUUGAUUAAGUUAAGCAAUAUUUCAUGUAAUGUUGAUUUAUAUUUAUCAUUAGUGCAUGUGUAUUAGUUUUGAUAUUGGCGCAGCAUCUUAAACAAUUGAAUGUUUGACCCCUUUGGGGAAAUCAUGACAGAAAUUCAAAUCCGCUUGCCUGAAAUAAAGUCAAAAUGAGCAUCUGGACUCUUUCUCCAUAGUAACACGAUGUAACAGCACAAACUGUCCUGCUGGGACAAGAAGGCAACAACUUCUUCUUACUUAGUUCACUAUGACAGACAGAAGCUUGAGGAACAUGCUUGAAAAACUCCCGAACAGCCAGACAAAGGCCAGUUAUUAACUUGAAGCUAUUAAAUUCGGUAAACAUCUUUGAUGAGAUAAAUUGUUUAUACGAUAUUCAGACCAACUGUAAUAGACGUUUACUGACACACAUUUUAUGUAUUAUCAAAAUUGUGCUAAAGUUUUAUGUUGCGUAUAUUUACAUGCUUUUGUAAAAGAAUUGUAUACUUUAUGAAGAGUAUCAUUUCUGAUUUACCGUGUGUUAGUUACAAACCGUAGACAAAUAAAAUCUCAAAAAGAGAUUGUUGUCUUUAAUUUUGACUAUAUUGAUUUCUAGCAGUUUUACCUGUCUCGAUUUAAUUUCUAGCAGUCUACCUAUCUCGAAUUCUAGCAGUCUCACCUGUCUCCAUAUCUAGCAGUCUCAACUGUCUCAAUUUCGAGCAGUCUUACCUGUCUUGAUAUCUAAGAGUCUGACCUGUCUCGAUUUCUUGCAAUCUUACCGGUCUGUUCUAGGAGUCUUAUCUGUCUCUAUUUCUAGCGAACUUACCAGUCUCGACUUCUGGUAAUCUUAUCGGUCUUGAUUUCUAGCGGUUUUCCAGUCUCAAUUUCUAGCAGUCUUACCUGUCUCUUUUUCUUAACAAUCUUAUCAGUCUCGAUUUCUGGCAAUCUUAUCGUUCUCGAUUUCUAGCAGUCUUACCAGUCUCUAUUUCUAGCAAUCUUACCUGUCUCGACUUCUAGCAAUUUUAUUAAUCUCCAUUUCUAGCAGUCUUAUCAGUCUCGAUUUUUGACAGUCUUAUCAAUCUCGAUUUCUAGCAGUUUUACCAGUCCCGAUUUCUAGCAGUCUUACCUGUUUCUAUUUCUAGCAAUCUUACUAAUCUCGAUUUCAAACAGUCUUAUCAGUCUCGAUUUCUAGCAGCCGUACCUGUCUCUAUUUGUAGGAGUCUUACCAGUCUCGAUUUCUUGAUGUCUUAUCAGUCUCGAUUUCUAGCAGUCUUACCUGUCUGUCACUGUUAUAUAAACCUUGUCUUUGAGGAAAUGUACAAGAUAUGUCUUGUUCACGAGCGUAGCAGACCUGGUUCAGAAUUAAAACAUUAGGAUAUAUUUUUGUAUAAACAUAAAUUAUGUUUGGAAACUACACUGGUGAAACACGCACUGUUUGAACAUUUGUUUUUUAUUUAUUUAUUUAUUCAUUUAUUAUUAAGGAUACAAAUAUGUCUCUUUCCUGUCUACUGUGUGAUAAUUAAAGCUAGUUAACUAAAACAGAAAACAGCAAAACAGUUUCUUGAUAAAUGUAAGUUUCUUCUGCAAACUGCCAGGUAAGCUUGAAGGGAUCGCUUUGAUUGCCAGACAAGCUUGAGGGGAUCGCUUUGACUGCAAGGCAAGCUUGAGGGGAUCGCUUUGACUGCCAGGCAAGCUUGAGGGGAUCGCUUUGACCUGACAUUGCUGUAUUUCAAGGUACUUUACUACUAAUCCUAGUGUUUAUAAAUUUAUACAAUUGUUAAACGAAGAUCAAAAAUCAGUACUGCAAAAGUUAGCGCUAUUUUGUAUUAGAGCCUUUGAAAGACGCGACAAUGAAUUAGAUUAAUGUUUAUUUAUUACUAUAUGACUUUGUUAUAUUGUGUUAUUAACAUGCUCAGGUCCCUUUAUUUUCAUUAUUAUUAUCAUGCAUUCGCUCUCACUCAACGCAUGCAUUGUUAUUUACAUGUAUAAAACAUGUUGUUAUGACGAUGAGUAUUGUGCUCAAGUCUAAAUAAACUAUAUGUUCUGUUC